AUGGGCGCGAAAGUCCCACGCAACUUUCGCUUGCUCGAAGAGCUGGAGAAGGGCGAGAAGGGCUUGGGUGCUGAGGCUUGCUCGUAUGGCUUGGACGAAGGAGACGAUCUGCUCAUGACGAACUGGAACGGGACGAUUCUUGGGCCACCACAUAGCGUACACGAGAACCGCAUAUAUUCCCUCAAGAUCCACUGCGGGACGGACUACCCAGAUAAGCCGCCGGAGGUGACGUUCAUCAGCAAGGUCAACUUGCCUUGCGUGAAUCAGAGCACCGGCAAGGUCGACCUGAGCAAGCUACCAAGCAUCGCCGUGUGGAAGCGCGACUUCACCAUGGAGACUAUUCUCAUCGAGCUUCGACGAUUCAUGGCGGCUCCGGCGAACAAGAAGCUCCCGCAGCCGGCGGAAGGGACGAACUUCUGA